CUUCCGGGGCCCCGCACGUGAGGGUCGUUCAGGGUCGGCGGACUCGGAAGGGAGGGCCUGCUCGCCGGUGGCGGCAAACGGCUCGCAGCGACUGAAACGCACCCCAAGGUGUCGGCUCGGCAGGAUUCAGGGCUCCGGACCAGACUGCCGGUUUCUCAGGUGCCAUGAAGCAGAUCCUCAACCUGUCCUUUGCAGCCUGCGGCUUCCUGGGCACCUACCACCUGGGGGCAGCGUCGGCCUUCCACCGGCACGGCCAGCUGCUACUGCAGGCCGUCCAGGCCUUUGCUGGGGCCUCGGGCGGGUCCCUGGUGGCUUCUGUCCUGCUCACAGCGCCCGAGAAAAUAGAGGACUGCAGCCGGUUCGCGUACCAGUUCGCCGAGGAGACGAGGCGCCACACGCUCGGGGCCCUGACCCCGGGAUUCGAUUUCAUGGCCAGACUGAGAGGCGGCCUGGAGUCCAUCCUGCCGCCCGACGCCCACACCCAGGCCCACGGCCGCCUGCACGUCUCCCUCACCAGCGCCCGCACCGGGCGCAACGCCCUGGUCUGCAGCUUCGCCUCCCGCGAGGACCUCAUCCAGGUCCUGCUGGCCAGCAGUUUCGUGCCCCUCUAUGCCGGCCUGCGGCCCGUGGAAUACCAGGGACAGACCUGGGUGGACGGCGGACUCAGCAACAGCCUCCCGGUGCUGCCCGCCGGCCGCACCGUCACCAUCUCGCCCUUCUGCGGCCGCCCCGACGUGUGCCCUCGGGACGGGGGGCCGCAGGGCAUCCACCUGGCCGUGGCCAACCAGCACGUCCAGUUGUCUGCCGCCAACCUGGUGCGGCUCAGCCAGGCUCUGUUCCCGCCCGCCCGGCCGGACAUGGAGGCCCUCCACCAGCGCGGGUUCGAGGACGCCGUGGGCUUCCUGCGCCAGGAGGGCUGGUUCCAGUAGAGACUUCCGGGCGCACCCCCCCCACGGAGCUCAUUGCCGGCCCGGUCGACGGGGGAUCCGUGAUGAAAUAUCGCCGAAACCGGUGUGGCUCAGUGGGUAGAGCGUCCCAGUCAAGGGCAUGGACCUUGGUUGCAGGCACAUCCCCAGUGCGGGGCUGCUGAUGGG